AUGAUAAAUCUUAUUGAAGAAAGUAAAGAAGAAAUUUCAGAAGAAUACAAUCAGUUUAGUACUCAAGAAGAAAUACAACUUGCUGCAUUAAAAGAGCAAGCUAUAAUAUUAUCAGAAGAAAUAAGUGAAUAUUGUCAUUUAUUUCGAGAUCGUCUAAGAAAUGGACAAGUAUUAAGUUAUACAGAUAUAAUUGCUAAACUUUAUUAUGAUAUUGCAUAUGCGAACUAUAAAUAUUAUAGUCAAAAUUUCGUUAAAAAUAAUUUUUUAUCAGUAAAGAUAUAUUUAGAAAAGUCUAUCCAACAAUUUAGUGAUGAACAGCAAAUAGCUAAUAAGAUUAAUAUUGUAAAAGAGGCUAAAUAUCUUUUAGAUUCAGUUUGCGAUCUAUAUUUAAGAUCAGAUAUUCAACAAAAUAGUUUACCGGAAAUUCCCGGAAAUGCAAUCAUACUUGUUAAAACUAGAAAUUCUAAUGAAUAUAUUAGUUAUUUUGUAGAGAAUGGACUUUGGAUUAUAGAUGAUGGAGGAAAUUUAAAAUCUAUUCAAAUUCAAAAUAUUAAUCUUAAGGGCAUAAAGAGUGGAUUAGUUAUAAAAACUAAAACAAAUACGAAACAAAUAGAACAUAUCACUAAAACAGCACAAUUACAGCGCGGUCGUGCAUCUAUUAAUGUAAAUUAUUACGCAUUAAAAAGAAAAAGAAAACAACUUGAACAAGAUCUAGAAAAAAAAAUUUUGGAUGCUCGUAAUAUAAAAGAAAAAGAAAAUGACUCUCGAAAUACUGAAACUUGUAGUACUACUUAUCGGUUCGAAACUUUGGAUAUAAACAAUUUACCAUCAGCUAUAGUUAAAGUUAUAUCUGAAAUAAUUGAAUGUAAUUUAGAAAUAGGUUCUAUUGAUCAAGCUGAAUAUUAUAUUGAUAUAUUAAGAAAUAUCACUGGACAAGAAUUUCAAUAUAAAUUAAAUGAAUAUGAAUUAAGAAAAGAUUUAAUUCUUCGAUUAAGACAAAUUAUGGAGUUUGAAACUGUUCUAUUAUUACCACAAGAAGAUGAUAUAGAAUAUUUUAUAGUUAAAAAGUCUGGAAAUAUUUCAGAUUAUAGGAAAGAAAUUGAAGAAUGGAAAAAAAAUCAGUGUGUAGGUGAUAACAAAUCGAUUUUAUUUAUUUAUAAUCUUGAAGAAGAAGAAAAUCAUUGGGAAAGUUGGUUUUGGAUUCCGAAAAAAGUUCAAGAAAUUUUUAAAUUGAAUAUUUAUGAAAAUUCAAUUUUAAGUCAAUUUUUAAAACAUAUUUAUUCUAAUAAAACUACAAAUCUUUUCUUCAGUGAAUUACUUGAUAUGUUAGGAGAUAAAAAUAUUUUUGUAAAUCUUAAUGAAAAUUUAAAAAAAAUUCUUUUUAUUAAUGAUCAAUUCAUUUUAAAAAGUAAACGAACAAAAAUUAUUCAUUCUUGUGAAUUUUUAGCAAAAGCUUAUGAGUUUAUAGGACAUGAACCACUUCAAGAACGUUAUAAUCGAGUUGUUGAUUAUUUUUUACGAGAAAAAAAUCAAUUUUUACAAGAAUUUUCUUCUUCUUGUGAAUUAAAUCAUCAUUCAGAAACUUUACUAGAUAAAAAGCAAUUUCCUUUAAGUUUAUUUCCACUUUGUUCGGGUUCUGCCAUUAGAAAAUUAAAUGAUAGAAUAAAUGAAAAAGAAUUUUUCUCCGAUAUUCUUCCUUAUAUUGAUCAAAUUAAAGAUUUACAACGUUCAUUUAAUUUUAUUUAUAAUAUUGAUUGGCAAUUUUGUUAUAAUCAAAAUAAUAAAGAAAAAUUUUUUCAAAAAUGGUAUAUCGAUAACAAUACAUUUAAUGAAAAUAAUCCUUAUGAAAGAAAAUAUCUUUUCUUAUUAAUUCAAUGUGAUCUUUAUUUUAUAUUAAAUUUUGAUGAAAAAAAUCUUCCUGAAAUAUCUGGAAAUGCAAUUAUUCUUACAAAAACUCAAGAGAGAAAUGGUUAUAAGGUUGAAAAUGUUCGAAUAGUUGAAAACCCUGGAUUGAUUAACGAAGAAAAGUUUAUAGAUCAGGAAAGUAGAAAUGAAAUAGAAAAAAUUGCUACAGAAAUGAAAUUAAAUAGAUGGUAUUUUUAUGGAGAAGUAGCCUAUGGCAGAGUGUCCGAAGGUUUUAUUGACCAAAAAAAUGAAUUAAAACCUUUAGAAAUCUAUUUAAAAAAUAUCUUACCAAAUGAUAUCAAAAAUAAUAAUAAUAAUAAAUUGUUCAGUAAAGAAUCUCGAAUAUUAAAUCAUUUAUCAGAAAUAUAUAAAGAAUAUAGUUAUGAGAUUUAUUCAUCUUCUGAACAAUAUUUUCUAGAACCAAUGUCGAAAAUUAUUUAUGAUCAACAAAUUUCAUUAAAUAAAGGAAUUAGAAUUUAUGAUUUAAGAAAAAUUGAUCAUGCAAAAGAUUUAAAAACACGAAUUCAAUCUGAUCGUAAAAACAAUUUUUCUUGCAUAGUAAAACUAUCACAUAAGCAUUACAUAACUCUAUUUAUUGAAAAUGAAAUAUAUAAUAAUGAAAAUUAUUUUUUAAGAUAUAUUUAUAUUCUAAAUUCUACUUUUGAAAAACGUAUUUUAAAAAAAUUAAAAUGGUUUACUGGAGUUAGUGAUCAAUGUAUAUAUAAACUUAAUUUUAUUCGAUGUCCAAAACAAAAAUUAAUGUCAGAAGAUAGUUUAUUACAUGCAUAUUUUAAUGCAGCUGCAUGUCAAUGGGCUUGUGAUAAUAAUCAUUGGGAAUUUUUGAAGAAAUUUUUCGAUAAACAAAAAUUUUCCAGCAAAGAAAAUAUUGAAAAAAUUAAACAAUGGUUUAUUGAAAGUACAGAGAAUAUAUCCAUUUCAAAACAUAUUGAGAAAGAAGCUCCGCAACAAGAAACAUUUAAAGUAAUUGAACAAUUUAAAGAGCUCUUUGUAAAGACUAUUAGUUCAUAUUUAAAUUCAAUAGAGACUAAACAAAAUAAUAAUUGUAUUGAAGAUUUAGAAAAAAAUUUCGUUAACAUUAAAACAUUUGAUGAAAUUUACGAUUGUAUUAGUAAAAUUAGUGAAACAGAAAAUCAUAGUGAAAUAAGAGAGUGUAUUAAUAAGAUUAAAAAAACUCGAGAUAAUACUGAAGAAAUAAAAAGAGAACACUUUGAAGUUAAUUCAAUAGUAGAUAUUAUGUUUGCAACUCUUAAAGAAUAUUCUUUAAAUUCUUUACCUUUUCAAGAAAAGCUAAGUCAAUAUUUUGAAAUUUUUGAAGAUAGAUUACAUCAUGCAAUACUUUCAAUUAUGACAGAAAAAAGUAGUUUAAUUAGUCAAGAGAUACAUCCUGAUUUUGCAACGCAAUUAAACACGAAUUUUGAAUUAUCUGAUUCUUCGCGAUCAUCCUCUUAUAUUGAGUUUAUAGAAUUCCUUGAAAAUCGACUUAGCACUGAAAAGACUUUUUCCAAUAGAGAAGAAUUAAUUUCAUUAUGUAAAAAUAUUAAAAAUGUAAUAGAAGAUGCAAAAACUCAAAAUGUUGAAGCUACAGAUCAAAUGGUUAAGAAAAGUUUAGAUAUUAUUUUAGAUUUUAUUAAAAACUUUCAAGAAGUAGAAAAUUCUUUAAAAGAAUUUCAUCGUAUAUUUAAACGUCUUUUACCAUAUCGUUAUGAGUUAUUAGAUAUACCAACAAUUAAUAAGAAUUUAAAAGAUGAUAUUUAUGAGCAUAUUUUCUAUCAAAAUCAAACUUUUGAUAAUAUUGAGAAAUGUAUCAAUGGUUUACUUCAAAAUAUUAAAAUAGAUUUCAAUGUUGAAGAUGUUAAGCGAAAAUUGAAAAACAUAUUUGAUUUAUUUAAUCAAUAUAUUAAAAAUAAAGAUGAACGAGUUGUUCAUUAUAUAGGAACAUAUCUUCGAGAAAGUAUGAUGCAUAGAAUUGAUUAUUAUAUGAAUAGUUUAACAACAUUUCGACAUAAAUCGUUAGCUUCUAUAGAACUUUUUGAAAAAGAUUUACAUAAAUUUUUACUUAAUUCUAUUCGAGAAAGUAUUAAAAAUAAAAACACUAAUAAUCAAUUAGCAAGUCAAGCUAUGUGUUAUUUAAAUUCAAAAAAUAAUAAUUAUGAGAAGAAAAUUUCUAUGUAUAAAGAUGUUAUAGAAAUUUUUAAUAGUUCGAUACCAUCAGAAGUAAUUCAAUCUGUUAAAUUACAACUUGAAAAUAUUAGUCAUAGUCAUUCUGUAUAUUUACAAACUAAAAUUGAUGAUUUGACUAAGAUGUUAAGUCGAUUUGCUAAUAUUGAAAAACUUUUACCUAAUUUUAGUCAAUUAUUUCGAGAAUGUUUGAAUAAUAAAUAUGAUCAUUUAUCGGAACAAGAAGUUUUCUCUCCUAAUGGCAGAAUUAAAAAUGAAAUUUUUAAUUAUCUUAAACAAGAUAAAAAUUUUAAUGAUAUAAAAAAAUUUAUUCAAAAUUUUGAUAACACAGAAUUAACUAAGAUUAUUCAACAAUGCGAAGGAUUUGUAAAAGAUAAUGAUGAAAAAGCUAGUACAGAAAUAAGUCAAUGUUUACAACAAUCUAUUAUUGAUACAGUAGAAAAUUAUACAACAAGUUUAUUAACAUAUCGUCAUAAUGCUUUAAUUGCUUUUAAUCAUUUUGAAAAAAAUUUUCAUCAAUUAUUAUCUACUUAUAAAGCAAUUCAAGAUACAAAUUUGAGAUUUUUCAUGGAACAAAAAUUAAAAGAAUUAAUUACUCUUUCUAAUGAUAUGAGUAAUGAUUAUUAUAAUCGUUCUUUGUCUAUAUAUAGAUGUAUUUUAGAUCAUUUAGAUGGAGAGUAUAAAGAAUGUGCUGUAGUAUUAAAAGAAAUAUUGAAGGAAAACAAUCAUACUCUUAAGCCUUAUUUCAAAGAAAAAGUAAAUAAUAUUAAGAACAUAUUAAAUAGUUAUAUUAAUUGGUAUCAAAUAGAAAGUUCUAAAAAAUAUGAAUAUGUUAUUUUUCAAAUAAAAACAAAUUCUGGAAUUCUCAGUAAGAUUUUAAAUGUUAUUGAAUCAAAAUAUCCAGAUUGUUUUUGUCCUAAUAAUGAAAUAAGAAUAAUUAAUUCUAAUAAACUUUAUAUUGAUAUUGAUUUACCUAAAUCGAAAUAUUCCGGAAUAAAUAUAGUUUUAGUCAGUCCGUAUCAAGAAUUAGUUAACAAUAAAGAUAAGUUAAUUAUUAAGACAGAUGGAGAAGAUGCAAAAAAUAUUUGGGAAAAUAAUCCAGCAAAAAGUGGACAAAGGAAAGGAGAGAAAGGGGAAGAUGGAUCUGAUGGUAAACCCGGAAAAAGUGCAGGACAUGUCUAUAUAGUUGCGAAUGAAUUACCAGAGAUUGAUGUAUCAGCUUGUGGUGGAAAAGGAGGACGAGGACAAGAUGGAGGAGAUGGAGCGCCUGGUUCGGAUGGGAAAGAUGGGAGAGACGGUGAUCAAGAGAUUAUGAAAAAAAAAUUAGAACGGUUUUGGGCAUUUUAUGGAUAUGCUGAAUCAUAUCGUAGCCGUCGCAUUGGUACUGAUGGUCAGCCUGGUGCAUCGGGAGGAGAUGCAGGUUCAGGAGGAUAUCGUGGUGAAGGAGGAAAUCCAGGAUUAGUCAAGCUUGUUGCCUUCGAUGAUAGUUUACUAGAAAAUCCAUAUAAAAAUUUACCAGGAAAAGCAGGAAGUGAUAACGGUAAACCAGGACAACCAGGUGAGGCUGGGAAAGAUGGUAGAGAUGGUCUUGAUUAUGUAGCUAUAAGCAAUUGGAUAAAUCCUUUGAAAGCUUUAGUUACAAGUCGAAAAAUUGAUCAAUUAAAAGGAGGUCGUCUUCACUCUUCUUAUAGACGUAAUUUAGACGAGAAAAAAUUAUUAAAAAAUUAUGUUAUGCUUCCAUUUGAAGAUGAUGAAAAGAGGUUUAGAUUUAAAAAGAAAGAUACUGAUAAAGAUACGCAGAAAGGAGCUAGUAUGACUCAUACACAUAAAAAUCAAGAAUCUGUACAAAAAAUUCAUGCUAUCAAUCAUCAAGAUGUUUUCCAACAAACUACGCAAUUUUUUGACGAGUAUAGAAAUUCUCAAAAACUAGCUUCUUAUCAACAUUGGUUAGCAUCGAGUCUAAAUGAAUUCUUAGAAAAAAUGGCUAAUUUAGAAGGUCUACCUCCUUGUGAAGUAGAUGCACUACCUGAUAUUGAACAUGAUGCUAAACAAAUUUUAAUUUUAAAAGAAAAAUUUGCUGAAGCUAUUAAUAUAGAAAAUCAACGAUUAUAUUCAGAAAAAAUCGAUACAGAUCAAAUGAAUAUUGGGAUUGAGUUAUUAGGACAAGAUAUAUUAAGUCAAUACAAUGAAUUUUUACAACAAUAUCAAUUAGUUUAUCAACAACUACAAGAAGAAAUUCAGAGAAUAGAUAUCAAUCAACUAAAAACAGGAUUAGAGAUUAGAAGUGUUGAGAUUGCAAAGAUGAGAAGUACAAUUAACAGAAUUAUUAAUGAACAACGUUUUAAUCAACGUCUUAUUGCAUCACAAAAACAUACAGAAGUACUUGUUGACAUUCCACAAGAAGAACUUUCGAAAUCGAUUUUAGAUAGACAAAAUAUUAAAAUUAUUCAAGAAAAUGUUUAUAAACAAGAGUGGAAAAAAUUUCCAAUUGAAAAUAAUAUUGUUAAUAUUGAAAUAAUUAAAGAGUUUAAUAAAAAUUCUAAUGAAGAAACUCUUUUAAAAACUGGUUGUUUUUUUUUCUCAGAAUUAGAAACAAUUCUUUCUCAAGAUAGAAUAGAACAAAUUAAUUUAAAUCAAAUUUCAAAUUUUACUAAUACUUAUCUUUAUAAUUUACAACAAGGAAAUUAUACUUUAAAUGGUUUGCAAUGGAUUCAAAUUCAAAAACAAGCAUUCUAUGAAAUUUUACCUCGAUUUCAAUCAUUAGAAAAUACUUAUACUUUCGAUUUAUUAAUAGAUUUUUUUAAAGGAAUGCAAAGAGAAUAUCUUAGACAUUAUUGGUUAAUAUGGACUACAAAAACAUACGAAUGUCAAGAAGAUUUUUCUCGAGAAAAUCAAACAGAAUCCCAAGAAAAUAUUUUAAAUAUUUUAAAUAUGCUUCGAGUAGCUGAUGAUAAUCAACUUCAACAACUUGAUACUAAUCUUGAAUUUUCAUCUUUAUUAAAAGAAUUUCCAUUUUAUGAAUUUGAUCAGAAUUUAUAUCAAAAUAAUAGAUCGAAAUUAAUAGAAUCCAUUGAUAAGUUUAAUCAUGAUAGUUAUUCAAUAAAUUUACUUGAAAUUUUUCAAAUAUUUUCAAAUUCGUUAUUUUUUAAUGAAAAUCAAACAGAGAUUUAUUCAAAUCUAUUAGAUAAUUUCGAGCAAUUAGAUAUUAUUAAUGACUUUCUUUUUGUUUUUCAACAUAAUUUAAAUUUAAUGAAUAUUAACAAGGAUCAAUUUAAUAAUUUAAUAGAACAAAUAGUGAAAAUAGAAGAAAUACUUAUUCAAUAUCCUCGAUCUUAUUUAUAUGAUAUUAUUUUUAAUUUUUCAAUUAUUAUUGAAAAAAUGAAAAUAGAUAAAUCUCCAUCGUCUGAUCAAAGUAAAUCUUUAAAUGAAAUCUAUCAAUCGAAAGAUUUGCAUAAAUUAUUAAGUUUUCAUUCUUCAAAAACAUAUGAAAGAAAAACAAAAUUUACAAUUAAACAACAAAUAGAUGCUUUUAACACUCUAUAUGACUCAAGUUUAGUUGAAGAAAUCUUUCGAAAUCUUUCCAAUUCUCAAGAUAUCAAAAAUUUAUUAAAUGAUAAAAAAUUAAUAGGAUUUUUUCGAUGGAUAGUAGAUGAUUUAAAUAAUUUUGAAGAUAAAACAAUAGAAAAUAUAUUUCAAAUUGUAGAAAAUAUUUUACAGAAAAUAGAAAAUAAUAAUCUUCAAUUUUUAAGAAUAGUUUUUAAAUAUAAAAAAAUUAAGCUAGAAAUUGUAAAACAAGAACAAGAAAUCGAAUCAAUUCAAUGCAAAAAUGAAAAUUCUUUAGAAAAUUUCUUAUCAAUUGUAAAUGAAUGCAAUAGUUUGUUUUCAAAUAUAUUAGAAAAGAACGAAAAUGCAUAUGAAUUUUAUAUAAAUUUAAUAAGAUUAACAGAUCUCAAGGAGUUCAAAGAUUUUCAAGGAAUUUCAGAUGAAAAAUUAAAUGAAGCAGAUGCCGCUUGUAAGAAUUUAUUAGAUAAUUUAUUGAAACAAAAUGGCAUUGAAAAUGCUCAUAAAAUUUUACGUAAUUUCAGAGAUAACAUUUCUUCAAUGCCAAAUAACGAAAUCUAUGAAAUAAAAAAUUUAAUUGAUCAGUUUCCUACAAAUAUAGAAAACACUAGGGAUUAUUUAAAAAAAACAAUAAAGAACAUAAAUAUCCAACGAUAUCAUAACAGUGAAUUUAAACAAAAGAAAAUUUCAUCAAAACUACUUGAUGAAUUAUUUUCCGAUAUUGAAAAUCUUGAUGAUGAUAUUCGUAUUCUUAUAGCAAAUAGAUUAAAUUCCAUAAUGUCUAAUGAACAAUUAGAUUUUUGUCUUUUUAUGAAGAAAAUUUAUCAAAGAAUUGGAAAAGAACUAAAUAAUUAUUUGACAAAUAAUAUUUCAAUUAAAGAAUUAUUAGAAAAAGAACUUGAAAAAUUUGUCAAUUAUCAUAAACAAGAUAAAACUAUUGAAAAAAUUUUAUCCGAUUUAGCAUUACCUUUUAUUGAUAUUUUAAAUUUAUAUGAAUAUAAAUUAAAUGAUAAUAUAAAUGAAACUAUUAAAAAUUUACAGAAGAUUAAAGAUAAGAAAAUAUUAAGAAAUGUAAAAGAAAAAGUUUUAAUUAAUUUAAUCACAUCUUAUUCCUUUUUCAAUGAAAAAGAACUAGAUUUUUUAAAGAAAUGUAUCAAUAAACUUGAUUCUGAGGAAGAAAAACAAAUAAAAAAUUAUGAACUCAUAUUAACUUUCCUAGAUCAAGAAUUGAAUGAAAAAUCAAAUUAUGUUAAAAAGAUUUACAAAGGAUUUUAUAAGUACUGUAAUAAACAUAUUUCUGUUUUGAGUUUACGAAAUGAAAUAAAUCAAUUUAAUAGUUUAAUUCGUUUAAUGAAACUUAUUAGUCAAGCACAUAAAGAUAGUUUAUAUCCUGAUGUUAAUAAUGUUGAUCAUGCACAAUUUCAAGUGAUUUUACUUUAUAUUUUAUUUGAAGAAGGAAACUUGUUCGGAAGUAUUAAUGAAGAAUUUAUUGAUUUUUUAACUUGGUUAUUUCAAACACUUUCAACAUACGGAUUGAUAGAAAAGAUUGAAGAUGUUAAUAUAGAAAUAAAUCAUAUUAAACAAUUAAAGGAAUUAUCAUUAAAGAUAAAGGAGUUAUGUAAAGAUAAAUCUAAUGAGAAAUGCGAUCCAUACAUAUCUUUGAACAUAUCGAUUUCUACUAUUUAUCAAGAAAUAAAAAUUAUUUAUUUACAAAACUAUAUGAAAAUUGCAUUUGAAUAUUUUUCAAAUGCAAAAUGGUUAGAAAUAAUCAUUCAUUUUCCAGAAUAUUUUGAAAAAAAUACUGAUGAAAUAUUAGAUCGUAUUCCGAACGAACCAAAAUCAAUUAAAAAUAGUGAACUCAAUGAUAUUCAAAAAGUCAUUUUUCGUAUAGUUUCUUUAUUACAAGAAGAAAAAUUAAAAAAAUUUUAUCAAUUAGUUUUGACAGAUAAACAAAAUGAUCAGCUAGGGUUUAGAAAUCAAUUAGAAAAUGGUUUUAAAGCAUUAAAUGGAUAUUUAAAUAUAGAAGAAAAUUCUUGUUCUUUCGAGAAAAUAAGUCCUUAUCAUGUUUUAAGUUUUAAUAGUUUACUUGAGACAUUUAAUGAUCGAUUAGAAAUCGAUGGUAGUCUUAUGAUAAAAAGAGAUAUAUUCAUUAAAAUACAACAAUGUUUGUGUUGUUUUGAAGAUAUUCGUUUAGCUAUUGAAAAAUUAUUAUCUUCAUCUCAAAAUGAAUGGUUAAAAACAUUAUUAAUAGAACAUAUUAUAGAAAAAUUUUGUUUGAUAUUUCCUCACGAAAAUGAAAUAGAAAAUCUUCGAAAUAUGUUAAUGCAAAUAAAUGAGAGAUUGUUAAUUUUAUUUAAUAAUAUAUUUGUUAGUCAAUAUAUUGAUCAAAUAAAUCAAGCUAUUUAUUCAAAUGACAAUAUUAUUCCUGAUUAUCAAAAAAUUACUAGAGAAAAAUUUCUUAUUAUUGUACACUUACUAGGAAAGAUACCUCCAACUGGACAAAUUUUAGAUCAAUUAUCUGAUGCUUCAUUAGCAGUUUGGGAUACAUUGUUAAGUGAAAUAGAAUUUUCUCAAAUUUUUAAUAGAGAAAUGAAUAAAUGUGGUAUUGAUCUUAGUCAAGAUGGUAUUGAAAAAACUUUAUUAUUUUUAAAUCGCAUUAGAAUUCAAUUAGGUAUUGAAAAUAAUAAUAAGUUUUUAGAUUUUUUUCAAGAUAUUUCAGAAAAAAUAGGCAAAACUGAAGGAGAGAAAACUAUUAAACAGUUGAAUGAUCUAUUAAACUAUAUUCAUUAUCAAAAAAUAUCUUUUGAACAAGCAAAUAAAAUUAUUUUGAAUUUUGCUUAUUCUGAUUGGCAUAAAGAAAUAGAAAAAAUCAAAUUAUCUCGUGAUGUUAAUACUGAUAAAUUUGAUCGUUCGGCCAAAGAAAUAAUUGAACAAAUGAUUGAAGAACAAAAAAAUAAAUCGAAUGUUAUUUCAAAAGAAAUUCUUAAAGAAAUCGCUAAAGAAAUAGAAAUCUAUCGAGAAAGAGCUAAGAAUCUCAAUGUAUUAGAAGGUGAUGAAAAAUCUUAUAUUAAUCGUGAAAUACAAAAUAUACUUAAUCUUGAAUCUUAUCAAAAUAAUCCUGAAGAAUAUAUUCGAUCUCAUUUAAAUGAUAUUAUUCCAUUAAUACUUUAUACUUGGUCAAUAGCUAAUAAACCUCAAUUUCCAAAAGAUAAUCAAAUAAUUGCUUUAUUACUUUUUAUUCAUAGUAAAGAAAAAGGUUUACUUGAACAAGUUCGAACAGGUGAAGGUAAAACUCUUAUUGUAGGAAUAACAGCUGCAUUUUUUGCUUUAUGUGGAAAUGCUGUUGAUAUUGUUUCUAGUAAUCGUGAUUUAGCAAUAGAAGGAGAAAAAAAAUGUCAUUCAUUUUUUCAAUUAUUAAAACUCGAAAGUAGUCAUAUUUGUAGUGAAGAUGAUGAUGUUAAUCAUCAAUCUUAUAGACCAAAUUUAAAUACAUGUCAAGGUAAUAUUAUUUAUGGUGAAGUUGGAGCAUUUCAAAGAGAUAUUUUAGAAGAAGAAUUUAAUAAUAAAAAAAUUUUUGGUAAACGUUAUUUAAAUCGAAAUAAAUGUUUAAUUGUUGAUGAAGCUGAUAAUAUGUGUUUAGAUAAAGCUAGACAUGUUCUUUAUCUUUCUCAUGAAAUUCAAAGUUUAAAAUGGCUUGAAAUAUUAUAUAUUUAUAUAUGGACUAUUGUUAUUACAAAAGAAAUAAAUAAUUCUGAUGAAAUUGCCAAAAAUAUUAAAGAUAUUUGUCAAUUUAUAAAACAAAAUAUAGAAAAUAAGAAUAUUUUCAUUCCAGAUUAUAUGAAAGACUUUGUUAAUUAUAAAAUUGAACGUUGGAUAGAUAGUGCAUUUCAAGCACGAAUUAUGAGAGAAGAUGAUCAUUUUGUUUUAGAUAUAUCUAAAAUAGAUGAAAAAAAUAAUAAAAAACAAAAAACUAUUAUUGUACUUGAUAAAGAUACAGGAGUUGAACAAUAUUCUACACGGUGGAGUCAUGGUUUAGCACAAUUUUUAGAAUUAAAAUAUCGAAGAAAAUUAUCUGUUGAAAGUUUAAAAGCUGUUUUUAUUUCAAAUAAAACUUUUUUUCAAAGAUAUAAACAUCAUCUUUAUGGUUUAACUGGAACAUUAGGUUCAGAAAAUUCUCAAAAUUUUUUAUCUGAUUUAUAUCAAGUUCAAUUUGCACAUUUACCUACUUCGAAAAAGAAAUGUUUUUAUCAAAUAUCUAAUCAAGUAUCUAUUGAAUAUGGAGAUUGGCUUGAUUUGAUUGCUAGAGAAACUAUUGAAAAAGCUACAAAGCGACCUGUUUUAAUUAUUUGUGAAAAUGUUGAAUCAACAGAAAAUAUUUGGAAUGAACUUAUUCGACAUGGUGUACCUCCUCAUACGAUAGAAAAGUAUAGAAGAGAUGGAGAUAAUGUUGAAGAUAGAUUUCAAAAGAAACCUGCUACAAUAGGUGAUAUUAUUAUUGCAACUAAUAAGGGAGGACGAGGGACUGAUAUUCAUGUCGAUGAAAAAGUCAAUAGACAUGGAGGAAUGCAUGUUAUUUUAACUUAUUUACCAGAAAAUGUUCGAAUCGAAGAACAAGCAUUCGGUCGAACAGCUAGAAAUGGUGCACAAGGUACUGGACAAUAUAUUUUAUUAGUAGACAAAUCGACUUAUGAAGAUAUUUAUGAAUUGAAUCAAUUGACUCAUAGUCAAAGAAAAAUGAAAUUAGAAACAUUAUCUGAUGUGAUUAUUGAAAGAGAAAAGAUUAGUCGAGAUAAUAAAGAAGCAGCUCGAUUAUCAGAAUUAAAACAAAAAAAUAUUCUUCAUCUUGAAAUUGAAGAAGAAUUAUUUGAAAAAUUUAAUGAAUUUAAGAAAAAAAUUGCUAAAGAAAUUUUCGAACCAUUAUUUAAUAAUAGAUCAGAAAAAUCUCGUAAAAAAUUUAUUGAAGCUUUCGAAAAUAUUUUAAAAAAUCGUUGGGCAUUUUGGUUAGAUGAAGCUAAAGAAAAAAUUGAUGCAAUUGAAACUUUUCAACAAAAAUUUAAUCUUUUAAAAGAAUUUGAUUAUUCAUUUAUUAAUAAAUUAACAAAUCUUUUAGAAAAAUCAUCUUUUAAUGAUUUAUUAACGAAAAUUAUUAGUCAACCAGAAGAAGCUAUUCAUAUUGGAAAAAUUUGUCUUUCAGAAAAUGAAAUUUCAAUGGCUAAACUAUGUUUUGAAAAAGGAAUUUUAUAUGAAGAUAUUUCAGGUUUUUCACACAUAGCAUUUGUAUAUUGUAUUAUUAAUUUAAAAAAUGGAAAAAAUAUUAAAAAAGAAUCCAGAAGAGAAUUAAAGAAAGCCAUAUAUUCUUUAGAAGCAAUCAAAAGAAAUUUAAUGUCUAAUCUUAAAAUUGCCGAACUUCUUCCUCAAUCAGCUACUGCUGAUAUUUUAAAAAAAGUUUCUUCAAAAGAAAAUUUUUAUCAAGAUCAGAUUAGUGGAAAAUUAGAGGUUAUUGGAUUACAGUUACAUUAUUUAUAUCAAGCCGUAGGAGAAACAGUAGAACCUUUUGAUUUUAUUUUACAUCCAAAAGAUACACAAAAUCUAACAAAUGAAGAUUAUGAACAAGGAGAAAAAUUAUAUAAUCUUUUAGUUCAAGGUGAACUUAUUCAACGAGAUCGAAUAAGAAAAAUAUUUCGAAAUAAUGCUGAAGAACGAACUAAAAUGGAAAAAAAUAUUCGAGAUAAUCUUGAUCCUUCGAUUGCAGAUGAAGUAAUUAAUUUAUUAAAUAGAAAAAAUCAAUAUGAAAAGAAAGAUUUUGAAGAUAUUGUUUGUUAUAAUGAACAAUUAUGGGAAUUAUUAAAUAUUAAAAAUUUUGAAAAUAUUUUUAUAUUAGAUAAACAUAGAAUAGAAAAAGAAUUACCAGAAAAAUAUGAAAAUAUUUGGAAAGAUUUAGAAAAACACAUAGAUGUACAAGACGUUAAAGAAUCUUUAUUUGAAGAUUCUUUAGAAAAGAAAAAAUUUAAAAUUUAUUUGAAAGAAAAACAAAUAUUAAUUCGAACUAAACGAGUUAAAAUUGAAGAAUUAGAUCUUAAUUCUUUAAGUUUCAAAGGUAAAUAUUCAAAAAUAAAAUUUAAUGAUAAUGGUCAUGAAACAAAAGAUCUUAAAACAUUUUUAAAAGAAUUAAUAGAUAAUAUUCGUCAAAGUAGUGAAUAUUUAUAUCAAUCAGAUUUACCUUUUUCUACAAAAGAAGAAGAAGGAAAUAAAAUUCGUAUUUAUUUAAAAGAAAAAAAUAUUUUAAAAUCAGGUGGACUUGCUAAACAAAAAUAUGGAGAUAUUCGUCAAAAUAUUGAGAAAAUCUUAGAUAAAAUUUUAGAAAAUAGUCAAUUUAAAAAUGAUAAAGAAUUAAUUCAAUCAAAAAUCUUACGUUUACAAGGAGAUAUUCGUUCAUAUAAAGAUGAUUUAAAAGCAAAUUUAAAAGAUUUUAUUGAACUUCAAGAUCAAGAAAUAGUUCCUAGUGAAUUAAAAUUUUUUGAAGAAAUUGGUUUAAAUAAAUUUUUAAUUAUUGAAGAAAAUAAAUCUUGGUGGGACUGGAAUGCUUUUGCAGUUGCAAUGAUUGGACUUGCUCAAGUCAUUGGAGGAGCUGUUUUAAUAUCAUUUGGUCUUGUUAAUAUAGGUGGAGCUUUACUUAGUGAAGGUAUUUCUGAUAUGAUUUAUGCUACUAUGGCAGGUCUAUCAGGUAAAUUUAGUUGGAAAGAUUGGGCAAUACAAAAAUCAAUUAGCUUUAGUAUUUCUAUAAUGACUGCUGGAAUUGGAAGAUUAGCAUCUGUAGGAAAUACUGCCGCUAAAUUAGGUUCAGUAUCUAGAACAGCAAUGAUGACGAAAUUAGUUGGAAAAGCAGCAGGUCAAUUUGCAACUACAUGUUUAACGAAUAUUAUAACAGAGAAAAUUAUGGAACAGAUUCAAGAAGGUGUUAUACAAAAAGUUGUCAAUAUUAUAGAAGAAAAUUUCUUAAAAAAAGUAAUUAAUUUACUUGAGAAUAAAAUAGAAAUCCUUUAUGCUAAUAGUAAAAAUGAAGAAGAAUUUGAAAAAACUUUUGAAAUAAUGAAAAAAGAUAUUGAAGGAGCAUUAGGAAGAAAUCUUAUAUUACCACAACAAUUUGAUAAUAUUCGAGUACAAGUUAUAUCUUCUUUAAAAAAUAGUUAUCAGGUACUUUCUAAUGGUUUGAAGAAAUCUAAUUCGAAAUAUGCUAAAAUAGCUGCUACUGCUAUUCAAGCAAUAUUUAUGAUUAAUCAGAUAUGGAAUAUACUUCAACCUGUUUUACAAUUUCAUCAUGCUUACAAUACUUUUAUAAGUAUUAUUGAAGGUGCUACAAAAAAAAUAGAUGAAAAUACUAAUAAAGAAAAUAUAAAUUAUACACUUGUUCGAGCAAGAGCAGAACAGUUAAAUAAUAUCAUUAAAGGAUAUAUAUCAACUAAAUUAACAAAAGAAUUAGAUAAAAUUUUAAGACAAAUUAUUAAUGGAACGUUAAAACAGAUUGGUAAAGCAAUUGCACAAACUGCAAAAGAAAUGAUUAAAUCAGAGUUUAAAGGAAAAAAUCCAGUUGAUACAUUAGAACAGUUGAAUCAGAAUAAAAAAACUGAUGGAAAAAGUCAAGUUUCUGUUGAACAACCAUUAACUGAACUAAAAAUAAAGAACGAAAAAGAAGAUCAGACUAAAAGAGAAGAUCUACAAAAUAAUAUUAAGAAUCCAAAAGACUUGUCUGAAGAUUACUUAAAAAAAGUUCAAGAUAAAGAUAGAGCUUUAGAUCGAGCUGAUAUCCAAAUGUUAGCAAACAGUAAAGCAAGAAAUAUAAUUGUUUAUAACGUUAAUACUGAUGAAAAAGAAAUGAUAAGACCCUCUGGACUAAGAAGAAUACCUGCCUUUUUUAAACAAACAGCUGAAAUUAAGUAUAAAGUAGAUAAAAAUGGGGAUGUUGGACAUUAUUAUACUGCUAGAGGUAAAGAAACAUAUAUACAAAUGAAUGGACGUAAAGAUUGUUUGUUAAUAGCUUAUCAUGAAUCACUUGGACGAAAAGUAAAUGAAAGUAUGAUACAGCAAGGACGAGAAGAAUUGCAUCAAUAUACUGCUCGACGUUCAUACAAUUAUAUUAGAUACAGAAAACAAAUAGAUUUUCUUGGACAGAGUCAUAUGCUAGGUGGUGCACAACAGGAGAAACACAUUCAUAUUACUAAUCCUGAAUCGACAAGUCAUGAAGGAAAAGUUGCACAUGUUAAACAACAACAGAAACUUGUAGAUAUUAUUGGUAACAGAAGUCUAGAAAAAGAAGCAAAAAAUAAAUUGAUCCCAAAGACUAAGAAAUUGUUAUCAGGGCAAGAUGAGUGUAAAUUAGUGGAAGUUAGGUUUCAAGAAACUAGAGGACAUACCAUACAUGAAACAGAUCAUUUACGUCUCGAUGAUCAGGGAUCAGCUCCAGGUAGUGAUUUAAAUUAUCAAAUACAAAUUGGUGGAAAAAAAUAUCGUCAUAAACGUAGCGGAGUAGAAUCUACUACUAUAGGACACGUCUUAUUGGAAAAACCACCCGAGCCUAAUACUGUUUAUCAUUAUAGUAAAAGAAAACUGGCUAAUGCUUUUGUUCAAAGUUUAGAUAGUGGUAAAACAAUAAGAUUGUAUCCGAAAAAAACCACUACUCGGAAAUAA